UCUGUGCAGGUACUUUUGGGACGCACUCGGUCUGUCAGACACUUGUGUUGCGAGUAAACAACUGACUUUGCUUUAACCACCCGAAGAAAGUCUGCGUCAACGUUUCAACGUAGUUAUUCUCCCCGGCUGAGAAGGAAGGUUCCCCGGUCACAAGUCCGACCGUUUUCUUGUUGGCGACGUCGACGUGCGGACGCGAAGGUUGUUAGCUCCGUAAUGAAUCGCGUUUGGUUUUAGGUGUGCUCACGGCCAUGUUGCUGAAUGUGCUGGUUCUCCUCGCCCUGCUGACCCGGGGGGACCCGGCCUGUGUGAAGAAGGUCGCUCUAAAUCAGGAGGAGCCACUGGCUGAAGACGUGUUCGUAGAGGAAGGGCAGGCAAACGCGUUCCUGGGUCGCCAUCUGCUGUUCAACCGGUUCGACUUCGAGAUCUUUGUCCCCGGGAAUUUGGAGCGGGAAUGUUGGGAAGAGGACUGCAACUACGAGGAGGCAAGAGAGGUCUUUGAAAACAUCCCGGAUACAGAUGCCUUUUGGAAAAAAUACAUCGCAGAUAAGGAGAGACGCUCCACACGGGUGGAUGUGACGUCUCUACUGGUGGGCUUGAUCAUCUCGGGUAUUGCCGUGGUGAUUCUCUGUCUCCUGCUGUGGUAUUUCUGUCAAGGCAGAUGUAAGGACGGCUUUAGCCGACCGGGCUCAGCUCAGGCUCAUCCUCGGAGAAGGAGCAACGCUUCUCUAAUAAUGUAUCGACUGGAGGAAAUGUCUCUGCAGCCGGGGCGUCGUCCUGCUCACAUGCCACCAUUGGAGGAGGUCGAGCCCCCAGGACUGCCCACGUAUGAACAGGCCAUCGCUAAAAGUGGACAGCAUGAUGCCCCUCCACCUCCAUAUCCGGGGUCAAGACCUGGAACCAUUCGUCGGUAGUUUCUACAGACCAUCUCGGAUUCAACGCAACUUUUUAACAGACCUUUUAACUGACAAGUGCCUUUUUUUCCAUGUUCUCAAAGUUUUUUUUUUUUAAACUCUGCGUUGAAUAAGGCGACGACAACAACACACCGGUGCCUUUUGUUUUACAUGAAGACAUUUUGGUGGAUGCACAGAUGCAAGUAUGGCAUACUGGAAUCGAUUAUAAGGACAGUAGAAUUAAGUAAUCUGCUCAUCCUUUCGCCAACUUUUUUUUACUUAGCAUUGCCGUCUUUUGCCAUAGUUAAUAGAAUUCAGCUAAAUUGUUUCAGGUGUGUUUGGUUUUGGAUCUUGGGGACGGUAAUUUGAUGUGUCAAAUAGUAGUUUUCUGUAAAUGUCAACAACCAUUUACACAAAAGAAGUUUGUUAUUUAUAGGACGGGAAUCGAUCGUAAUUGAUGUGACACUCGGUAAUAUUUCACCAGCUUGAAGUUUGCACUAACACUGUAUUCUUUCUCAUGUCCGAUGCAUAGUGUCAAUCCAAUUGAAGUAUUAUGGCGCGUAUAUUUCUGUGAAUCUGUACAUUCAAUGUUUUAUUAAAAGACUGUAGACACUGUUGAAAACUCAGGUUGCUGCUUGAAAUGAAUAUCUGUAAAGUUUUAAAUACAUUUGAU